CCAGUCAUCCGCACAUGUGCGGAGCACCCGCCGCCCAUCCCUGCCAGGACCUGAGGAUGCCCGCGCUCGUCCUCGGCGUCGUGCCCGGCCUCCUUGGGGAGCCGCGCGGGUUGGGCGCGCUCCCAGGCGCAUUCCUGGCCGGGCAGCCCCUCCUCCCUCGGCCUUAGCCAAGGGGCUGGCGCCUCCCCGCCUCGCCCGGACUGUCUCGUGCGGGCAGCUACGGACGCUCGUGGCCGCGCUGCUCCAGGGUCCGGUGCACCGCGCACCUGGACCCGAGCAAGGGCCGGACCGCGCGGCGCUCGGGAGCCUCCAGCCUCCCUGCCUUCCUCCCUGCCCGAGCCGCCCUCGGGCCACGCGGCGCCCCGCACCCUGCAGGGGCGUCUGCCGCACCGCUGGGACAAACUCGGCAGGGGAGGCAGACAAAGUUAUUUCCCCCUCCCAAGCAGCAAGAUUCCGAUUGGCAAGAUGGUGCCCAGCUCUCCGCGCGCGCUCUUCCUUCUGCUGCUGCUCCUCGCCUGCUCGGAGCCGCGGGCUUCCCAGAACUGUCUCAACAAACAGCAGCUCAUCUCGGCCAUCCGCCAGCUGCAGCAGCUGCUGAAGGGCCAGGAGACGCGCUUCGCCGAGGGCAUCCGCCACAUGAAGAGCCGGCUGGCUGCGCUGCAGAACUCUGUGAGCAGGGUGGCCCCAGAUGCCCCUCCAGUUUCCUGCCUGGCUCUGAACGCCCCUGCGGAUGGCAGAAAGUUUGGAAGCAAGUACUUAGUGGAUCACGAAGUCCAUUUUACCUGCAACCCUGGGUUCCGGCUGGUCGGGCCCAGCAGCGUGGUGUGUCUUCCCAAUGGCACCUGGACAGGGGAGCAGCCCCACUGUAGAGAUAUCAGCGAAUGCUCCAGCCAGCCUUGUCAAAAUGGUGGAACAUGUGUAGAAGGAGUCAGCCAGUACAGAUGCAUUUGUCCCUCAGGAAGGACUGGGAACCGCUGUCAGCAUCAGGCCCAGACUGCCGCCCCCGAGGGCAGCGUGGCCGGAGACUCUGCCUUCAGCCGCGCGCCGCGCUGUGCUCAGGUGGAGCGGGCUCAGCACUGCAGCUGCGAAGCCGGAUUCCAAUUGAGCGGCGCCGCCGGCGACAGCGUCUGCGAGGAUGUGAACGAGUGUGAGCUCUACGGGCAGGAGGGGCGGCCCCGGCUCUGCAUGCACGCCUGCGUGAACACCCCGGGCUCUUACCGCUGCACCUGCCCCAGCGGAUACCGAACCCUGGCGGACGGGAAGAGCUGUGAGGAUGUAGAUGAAUGUGCGGGCCUGCAGCCAGUGUGCCCCCGGGGGACCACGUGCAUCAACACCGGUGGAGGCUUCCAGUGUGUCAGCCCCGAGUGCCCCGAGGGCAGUGGCAAUGUGAGCUACGUGAAGACGUCUCCAUUCCAGUGUGAGCGAAACCCCUGCCCCAUGGACAGCAGACCCUGCCACCAUCUGCCCAAGACCAUCUCCUUCCAUUACCUCUCUCUGCCUUCAAACCUGAAGACGCCCAUCACGCUCUUCCGCAUGGCCACGGCCUCUGCCCCCGGCCGAGCUGGGCCCAACAGCCUGCGGUUUGGGAUUGUGGGUGGGAACAGCCGCGGCCACUUUGUGAUGCAGCGCUCAGACCGGCAGACUGGGGAGCUGAUCCUCGUGCAGACCCUGGAGGGGCCUCAGACCCUGGAGGUGGAUGUCGACAUGUCGGAAUACCUGGACCGCUCCUUCCAGGCCAACCACGUGUCCAAGGUCACCAUCUUUGUAUCCCCCUAUGACUUCUAAGGGUACACAAGGGCACCGGGGUGAGGAGAUCUGACCUCGUUUCUCUUCCCUGAAGACUCAGCUUUGGGCACUGACUGCGUGGACGUCUCCUCCUCCCGCCUGUUCUGCCCUUUCGCCAGCGCACCCUGGGUACGCUGCACGGUGUCCCAUGAAUAGCACAGACGCGCAGCCAGAAAAUUCAAACUGCUGCCAGCACAUUUUUUGUUCUGCUUUAAGGCCCUUCCCUUAGAUGAUACUCUAACUUUCUCAAAAUUUUUUAUUCAGGAGAUGGGCAGCUUUCCAAAAUGCUGUUCAAAUGGCCUUGUGAGUUUGAACUGGCUGGGGAGAGAAAAGCUGGCAAUGUGUGUCAGAUGGCUAUCAGCCCUUCUGCAUUUUCAUAGCCAGACUUGCUAUAAAUGAAGCGGUUCUAGUCAUGCGGGGGUGGGGCGGGGUCUAGUCAUGCCUCUGCGCAUGCGGCAUAGGAAGUGGCGUCUUCUCCCCUGACCCAGCAGUUGUUCUUAUCUGCCUUUUCCUCUGUGACAGCCUGCCUGCCUUGUCAUCACAGAGCCACAGGAGGGCCUUAAACCCCACACAGAUCCUUCUAGACCAAGGACCCAUUGUUAAAAGCAUGGAUUCUGCCUGAGUUACUUCCCCUUUGAGAAAUCAUAUCUCAAAUACAUAACCUGGUAAUAUAACUGAAGAAAUAAAAGCGAUUGCUCCUCCUGGA